AUGGAUUCCACACUAUUUGUCGAUGUAUUGGCUGGUGUUACCGGAGGAUUUGCGUCAGCGCUCGUGGGCCAACCGCUGGACACGGUCAAGGGGAGGAUGCAACUGUUUCCCCAUAUGUACGGCGGCAUGAUCUCAUGCUUAACAAAUAUUGUCCGUCAACAAGGAUUCCGUGGUCUAUACGCGGGUAUAAUACCAGCACUCGCCUCACAUGGUGCCGAUGAAGCGGUCAUGUUUGGAACUUACGGCCAGUGCCAGAAAAUAGUGGCCAAAUCAGUCGGGAUUGACAAUACGACUGAUUUGAAUUACCUUGAAAACGCAGCGGCAGGGAGCAUUGCGUCAUUUUUUUCGGCUUUGGUACUUUGCCCGACCGAAUUGGUAAAAAUACGUAUGCAAGGAAUAAACUAUGACGUAAAAUGUGAAUCAGCAGGUCAAGUUUUUAAAAAUAUCUGGAAUUCUGAAGGUUUUAAAGGUCUGUAUCGUGGACUAGGAUGUACAAUAGUCAGAGAGUUUAUAGGAUGUUCAGUAUUCUUUGGUGCAUACGAACGGGCUCGUGAACAUCUAAGACCAGACGGUCAACGAAAAGAAGACUGUAGUGCUGUAGCUACAAUGGUGGCGGGAUCUUUAGCCGGGAUAUGUACGUCGUCGGUCGUCUACCCAAUAGAUGCAAUAAAAUCUCGUGUGCAGAUGGAAGUAAACGAUAGUGAAUUUCAGGUGAUUCAAAAAGUAAUGAGUAUAAAAGAUGGAUCACGAGGAUUGUACUCUGGUUUAUUGCCAACAAUGGUGAAAACCAUACCGGUCACCGGAGUUUUGCUGCUGACCGUGGAGUUUUCAAAACCAUUUUACCGAAAAUGUUUAUCGAAAAUACCGAGUUUCCAUUCAAAUAAUUCAAAUGAAAAGUUUUUUUCCGUUUGUGAUUAUUUAUCUGGAUGGACAGCUGGUAUUGUUUCUACAUUAAUUGGACAUCCAAUAGACACAGUAAAAGUAAUACAACAAGUGAAUAAUAGUACAGUAAAAACAACCGUUAGAGAUAUUUACCAUCAAGAUAAGGCAAUUGAAAGGAUAUUUUAG